AUGUCGCGGGCUUCCAAACUUACCUUGGCCGGCACGUCGCUGAUGACUGUCGGCAUCGUCUAUUUUGUCCACUGGACGCAGGAAGCUGACAAGGCUGCCAUGCAUGCCGGUGUGCAACGAGAUCUUGAAAACCAGCGGAUCAAGCGAGAGCGACAAGCGGACUUUGAGAUGCAGCGGGCGCUGGAGGCUGAGUACAGAAAACUCCAAACGGUGUCGGAUGGCGGAAAUGGGGAGAAUAUAGACAGUGGUGCCGGGAUAUGGCAGGAAUCGAGUAAAAACCAAUUAAGCCGAACCUACGAAGCCAUGAGUCGUGAUCAGAAUGGCUGUGGCUGGGCAAAUCAAAGGCGCAUCUCUGGGUUUUUAGCAUAA